GCGCAUGUGCAAAAGGCACUGCUUCGAUAUAGUGUUUUUUGACGAAUUUCGAGUAAUAACACGUUAAUCCAUUGAAGACAUUGUCUCGAAUCUAGGUAUUGCCUUUAGAAAAUGAACAAAUAAGUAAUAUUUUUUCACUUCUUUCAUUUACUUCUCCAACCCCAAACCCCGGCCUGGUCUACUUAGUCUGCUUCGAACGCUUGCGCUUUUGCGUCUCUGGGUUUAGAAACUCUGUGUCCACACCUUGGCUCACACAUCGCGACGCAAGGUGACGACGUUCAAUUGCACCGACGUCAAACGUUGCCCUCCACCAUGCGUAUUAAAUGUAUUGUUGUUGGAGUGGUUGUUAUGACUGGACAAGGCCUCGGUUUAAAUUAGGAGACCCCGCCGUCGCUGCCACGGUAGACCUGCCGAUGGAGGGCAUGGACAUAGACCUGGACCCGGAGCUCAUGCAGAAAUUCAACUGUAUGGGCACCACUGACAAGGAUGUCCUCAUCUCAGAGUUCCAAAGACUGCUGGGGUUCCAACUCAACCCGGCAGGAUGCGCCUUCUUCCUUGACAUGACCAACUGGAAUCUACAGGCAGCCAUCGGUGCAUAUUAUGAUGUUGAGAGUCCCAGCAUCAACACACCAUCCAUGUCUUUUUUGGAGGAUGUGACGAUUGGUGAGGGAGAGUCUGUUCCCCCCGACACACCGUUCACGAAGACCUGGAGGAUACAGAAUACAGGUGCAGAGUCCUGGCCACCCGGGGUAUGUCUGAAGUACAUUGGAGGGGAUCAGUUUGGCCACAUCAACAUGGUGAUGGUGCGCUGUCUAGACCCCCAGGAGAUCUCAGACGUCAGUGUGCAGAUGCACAGCCCUGUGUCACCUGGCAUGUACCAGGGCCAAUGGAGGAUGUGCACAGCCACAGGACUGUUUUACGGAGAUGUGAUCUGGGUGAUCCUCAGUGUAGAGGUGGGGGGCCUUUUGGGCGUGACACAGCAGCUGUCCUCCUUCGAGACAGAGUUCAACACGCAGCCGCACCGCAACGUGGAGGGAGACUUCAACCCCUUCGCCUCGCCACAGAAGAGCAAACACAACUCCGGAGACCACAACAACUUGAAAGACCCUGGAGGAGCCUGGGAGGGCACGCAGGACGCCAUCCAGCAAGAUCAAAACGGACUGUCUCACAAUGCUGUAAAUAGAGCAUCGAAUGGGCUCCAAAGCAAUCUAUCAGUAUUGACUUACAGUCAGGGUAUUCAUGGCCCCUAUCCGUUUGGCCAGAGUUAAAAAGAUGGAGAUCCAGGCGGUGCUGAACUGACCUGGGUAUGUUGAGGCAGGGGCACCGGAGAGGGGAGUGACACAUUUCAUACAGACUCCAGACAACCCUCUUCCUUGCCCCCAAUCCACCAAAACACAAGCUACAGAGAGAACAAGGACGCACCUACCCCAGCAAAUAACCCCCUACCAACAUCAUCAGCACCCUCCUGAGAUCUGUAUGUGUAAAUGCUACAUAAUGAGUGCUAUAAAUCCUAAAAAAAAGUUGUCGUACUACUACACAGCUGUUUUUAGUUUUCUUUCUUAUUUUUAUCUGUCAACACACCUCAGUGAGUAAGGACUGCUGGAUGAGUUUAGCAAAGGGAUGGAUGUGUGUGAGCUUGAGCAAAUGACGUGUGAGUGAAAAAAAGCCAUCUAAAACUAUUUUGCCUGUUGAGCAAUUGUACAGUUAGAAGUCGGAAGUUUACCUACACUUAGGUUGGAGUCAUUCAAACUAUGUUUUUCAACCACUCCACAAAUGUCUUGUUAAGUAACUAAAGUUUUGGCAAGUUGGGACAUCUACUUUGUGUGACAAGUCAUUUUUCCAAAAAUGGUUUACAGACAGAUUAUUUCACUUACAAUUCACUGUAUCACAAUUCCAGUGGGUCAGAAGUUUACAUACACAAAGUUGACUGUGUGUUUAAACAGCAUGGAAAAUUCCAGAAAAUUAUGUCAUGGCUUUAAAAGUUUCUGAUUGCUAAUUGACAUCAUUUGAGUCAAUUGGAGGUGUAUCUGUGGAUGUAUUUCAAGGCCUACCUUCAAACUCAGUGCCUCUUUACUUGACAUGGGGAAAGCAAAAUAAAUCAGCCAAAAAAUUGUAGACCUCCAUAAGUCUGGUUCAUCCUUGGGAGCAAUUUCUAAACGCCGAAAGGUACCACGUUCAUCUGUACAAAGAAGAGUACGUAAGUAUAAACACCAUAGGACCACGCAGCUGUCAUUACCGCUCAGGAAGGAGACUUGUUCUGUCUCCUAGAGAUGAACGUACUUUGGUGCGAAAAGUGCAAAGCAAUCCCAGAACAACCGCAAAUUACCUUGUGAAGAUGCUGGAGGAAAUGUCUACAAAAGUGUAUAUAUACACAGUAAAACGAGUCCUAUAUCAACAUAACAUGAAAUACCACUCAGCAAGGAAGAAGCCACUGCUCAAAAACCGGCAUUAAAAAAAGCCGGACUACAGUUUGCAACUGCACAUGGAGACAAAUAUCGUACUUUUUGGAGAAAUGUCCUCUGGUCUGAUGAGACAAAAAUAGAACUGUUUGGCCAUAAUGACCAUUACUAUGUUUGGAGGAUAAAGGGGAACGCUUGCAAGCCGAAGAACACCAUCACAACCGUGAAGCACGGGUGGCAGCAUCAUGUUGUGGGGGUUCUUUGCUGCAGGAGGGACUGGUGCACUUAACAAAAUAGAUGGCAUCAUGUGGAAGGAGAAUUAUGGGGAUAUAUUGAAGCAACAUCUCAAAACAUCAGCCAAGUUGAAGCUUGGUCGCAAAUGGGUCUUCCCAAUGACCCCAAGCAUACUUCCAAAAUGGUGCAAAAUGGCUUAAGGACAACAAAGUCAAGGUAUUGGAGUGGCCAUCACAAAGCCCUGACCUCAAGCCUAUAAAAAAAAAUUGUGGGCAGAACUGAAAAAGCGUGUGCGGGCAAGGAGGCCUACAAUCCUGACUCCGUUUUACACCAGCUCUGUCAGGAGGAAUGGGCCAAAAUUCACCCAACUUAUUGUGGGAAGCUUGUGGAAGGCUACCCGACACGUUUGACCCAAGUUAAACAAUUUAAAGGCAAUGCUACCAAAUACUAAUUGAGUGUGUGUAAACUUCUGACCCACUGGGAAUGUGAUGAAAGAAAGAAAUCAUUCUCUCAACUAUUAUUCUGACAUUUCACAUUCUUAAAAUUAAAGUGGUGAUCCUAACUGACCUAAGACAGAGAAUGUUUACUAGGAUUAAAUGUCAGGAAUUGUGAAAAAUGUCGUUUAUAUGCAUUUGGCUAAGGUGUAUGUAAACUUCCAACUUUAGGUUUUAAAUCAAUGUCUGCAUAUGUACAGUACCAGUCAAAAGUUCCUAUGUUCUUUAUUUUUCCUAUUUUCUACAUUGUAGAAUAAUAGUGAAGACAUCAAAACUAUGAUAUAACACAUGGAAGGAAUCAUGUAGUAACCAAAAAAGUGUUAAACAAAUCAAAAUAUAUUUGAGAUUCUUCAAUGUAGCCACCCUUUGCCUUGACAACAGCUUUGCACACUCUUGGCAUUCUCUCAAUCAGCUUAAUCAGUCACCUGGAAUACAAUUAACAGGUGUGCCUUGUUAAUUUUUGGAAUUCAUUUCCUCAAUGCGUAUGAGCCAAUCAGUUGUGUUGACAGGGUUGGUAUACAGAAGAUAAAUCUAUUUGGUAAAAUACCAAGUCUUUAUUAUGGCAAAAACAACUCAAAUACUAAAAGAGAAAUGACAGUCCAUCAUUACUUUAAGACAAUCCGGAAAAUGUAAAGAACUUUGAAAGUUUAAGUGCAGUCGCAAAAACCAAGCGCUACCCAGAGUUACCUCUGCUGUUCAUUAGGGUUACCAGCCUCAGAAAUUGCAGCCCAAAUAAAUAAUUCAGAGUUCAAGUAACAGACACAUCUCAACAUCAACUUUUCAGAGGAGACUGUGAAUCAGACCUUCUUGGUCGAAUUGCUCCAAAGAAACGGCAGCGGGGCGGCAGCGUAGCCUAGUGGUUAGAGCAUUGGACUAGUAACCGAAAGGUUGCAAGAUCGAAUCCCCGAGCUGACACGGUACAAAUCUGUCGUUCUGCUCCUGAACAAGGCUGUUCCUAGUUAAACCACUACUAAAGGACACCAAUAAGAAGAGACUUGCUUGGGCCAAGAAACACGAGCAAUGGACAUUAGACCAGUGGAAAUCUGUCCUUUGGUCUGAUGAGUCCAAAUUUGAAAUGUUUGGUUAUUUUGUGAGACACAGAGUAGGUGAACGGAUGAUCUCUGCAUGUGUGGUUCCCACCGUGAAGCAUGGAGGUGUGAGGGUGUGGGGGUGCUUUGCUGGUGACCUCGUCUGUGAUUUAUUUUGAAUUCAAGGCACACUUAACCUGCUUGGCUACCACAGUAUUCUACAGCGAUACCCCAUCCCAUCUGGUUUACACUUAGUCCCACUGUCAUUUGUUUUUCAACAGGACAAUGACCCAAAACACACAUCCAGGCCGUGUAAGGGCUAUUUGACCAAGAAGGAGAUUUAUGGAGUACUGCAUCAGAUGACCUGGCCUCCACAAUCACCCGACCUCAUCCCAAUUAAGAUGGUUUGGGAUGAGUUGGUCCGCGAAGUGAAGGAGAAGCAGCCAACGAGCUCAGCAUUUCAAAUUGUAUUUGUCACGUGUGCCGAAUACAACAGGUGUAGACCUUACCGUGAAAUGCGUACUUACAAGCCCUUAACCAACAAUGUAGUUCAAGAAGUAGUGUUAAUGAAAUAUUUACUAAAUUAACUCAAGUAAAAAACUAAUUGAAUCAAUCAAAAUAACACUAUAACGAGGCUAUUUGCAGGGGGUACCAGCACUGAGUCAAUGUGUGGGGGUACAGGUUAAUCGAGGUAAUUUGUAAAGUGACUAUGCAUAGAAAAUAAACAGCGAGUAGCAGCAGUGUAACGACAAAGGGAGGGGGAGGUGGACCCAUGCCACGUCUUUUCAGUCUCCUGCGGCAGAAAAAAGGUGUUGCUGUGCCCUCUUCACAACUGCCUUGGUGUGUUUGAACCAUGAUAGUUUGGUGAUGUUGACACCAAGAACUUACCUCUCGACCCGCUGCACUUCAGUCCCGUCAAUGUUAAUGGGGGCCUGUUCGGCCUUCCUAUAGUCCACAAUCAGCUCCUUUUGUCUUGCUCACAUUGAAAGGUUGUUGUCCUGGCACCAAACUGCCAGGUCCCUGACCACCUCCCUAUAGGCUGUCUCAUCUUUGUUGGUGUCGUCAGAAAACUUAAUGGUGGUUUUGGAGUCGUGCUGGCCACACAGUCAUGGGUGAACAGGAAAUACAAGAGGAAAUACAAGAGGGGACUAAGCACUCACCCUUGAGGGGCCCUAGUGUUGAGGAUCAGCGUGACAGAUGUUAUGUUGCCUACCCUUACCACAUGUGGGAACUCCUUCAAGACUGUUGGAGAAGCAUUCUACGCAAAGAUGGUUGAGAGAAUGCCAAGAGUGUGCAAAGCUGUCAUCAAAACAAAGGUUGGUUACUUUGAAGAUUCCUAAAUAUAAAAUAUAUUAUGAUUUGUUUAACACUUUUUCUUGGUUGCUACAUGAUUCCAUAUGUGUUAUUUCAUCGUUUUGAUGUCUUCACUAUUAUUCUACAAUGUAGAAAAUAGUCAAAAAUAAAGAGAGAACCUUGAAUGAGUAGGUGUGUCCAAACAUUGGACUGUUACUAUAUGUGUAUGGUUUCCUUCUGGAUUUUACUAAACAUGAAAUGGUGGUUACUACAUCGGUAAGAAAGUGGUGACCUAUGUACACAUAAAUAUAAUACUCAUUCUAAAACAAUUCCUCCACUGAUGUUUCAGAAUUUAGGAUACAGGCCUGUGAAUGAGUAGCCCAGUAAGUAAGGCUUUGCUGUACUGUUCUAACACAGAGAUGCAUAGUUCAGUGGUAAAGCUUGUUCUUUAGAGCAAGCAGAUGGUGCUAUUAAUUAAACUACCAAACCAAAUUGUCUCUGACACGUCACGACAGACAACAUCAUAGAAAGAUCGACUUCUGGAUUUGUGAAUUCUCAAGCCAACAGCAAUAUCAACACCAUUGUUUUAUUUCUGCAGUUUGCACGAUGCCACUUCGGAUAUUUGCAAGUGGUGAUUCGAUGUACUAUCAGGAUCUAGAGCGUAUUUUGUUUUCAUAUAUACUCCUUGUUUUAUUUUUCUUCCAAACUUGUACACAACAUUGAAUCCUGUUUUGAUUGUCAAAUUAAGUAAAUUUGGUAUUACUUAUAUUCAAAAGAACACAGGGUCAAGCCUGGAAUUCAUUGUACUCUGCAUAAAUUGCUGUAUGAGGUCUUGUUAUGUUAAUCAUUGUUCUGCAAUUUGUUUACCAUUUGGAAUGUUGUCGUUUUUAACCCUUUUUCUAUCGCUCCCUUCAAGCAAUCCUGAUUUGUCUGCUUCCUAUGUUCCAACAGGUUGAGUAAAAAUAAAAAAGGAAAUUUGUGACCAUUGUUAUUCAUCGACUAAAGCUGUUGUAGAUGGCCGUACAAUAGUCUUUUAUGGUUUAUUCUGAUGUACGGUGUCUGUUUUCUUGUGGGCAUGGUGUUUUCACACAAGCCUUUCAUAUUUCUGUAUUUCUCGAGGUCAUACUGUUAGUCUUCCCAAACUUGUUUUUUUUAUACUACUUUUUUUUAUCGGAGUACCUUGCUGUCUGCUUUGCUUGUGUUUUGUGUUCGAUGGGGAGUUUUUAAUUAUUUUCUUUUUUUUAAGCGGUGUGGCAUGGUGAGUGGAUGAGUGGAGAGUUUGCAUAGUCUUAUGAUAGAACAUUUAUGAGAAGAAAAAAUGUCAAAUUCAAGCAUAUUUCCUGUAUGUAUAAAUUAAGAUUUGUAUGAUUAAAUUAACACUGACACAAAUAA